GUUCCAUUGAGACGGCGACCCACUUCCGGACGAAUCCGGGCUCCGACCUUCCGGAAUACGCCUGCCGAAUGCUGAUUCUCCUCCUCUUGUUGUUUUCAGUGUGCUUUGAUCUGUUUUAUUUAUUUAUUUUUUAUUUUGUUGAGGGUGCUACGAUCGGUGAAUCUGAAUCGCAUUUUUGAGUAUCUGCAUCGGCAAUUACACAAAAUAUGUACAACUUAAUUUGGCAAUUAGUAAAACAAUGCGAACAGCGUUGGCUAAUUGGUGGUCAAUUAGUAGAGGGCUCUAUAAAUUGUGGCACCUGCCGGAGAUCUUCUAAAGCCACGAAAUGGAGCACUGGAUCGGUGGGAUUAUUGGCUUGCUUUGCGUCCUUCAAUUGCUACAAGGAAGUCGGAGCACCACCUAUGAAGUAAUCGGCGAUGAGAAGACCAUGGAUAUCGUUUGCGAUGCUAAAGAAGACAAGGGCAAUGUUCCGAUUCGAGAAGUUUUGGACAUAAGCGGGUUGUCCUUCGAAGUGGCGGACGAUCUGGAGACUUUGUACUACAAGGGCGACAUAAAGAUGCUGAUGGAUUUGCCAAGUGGUCCGAUUGGCAUGCAGCUCGAUGUAUUUCGCUGGGAACGGAGCCAAUGGCAUCCAACUCCUUUUUGUCUGAAACGGGAGAACCUUUGCAAGUCCUUGAUCAAUCCUCGGGAACUGUGGUAUCCCAUUUUUAGAAAUAUCCCCGAGAACGAGAUGAUAUGUCCUCCGGAAAAGGGGCAUAUUUACACCUUGAAAAACGUGAGCAACCAUGAGUUCGUAAGGAACAUGCCCCAUGUGGACAUUGCUGGGGACCUCAAGGCAGUGGUCCACCUGAGCACCGGGGAUCUAAAGACCUGUAUCGUGUUCUUCUUCAAGGUCUACGCCAAUUGAGGGGGGAGUGGACCCUGACACUGGACGAGUGGAUCUCGAUGAGAUCCCGCUGUUUGCCUAGUUUAUAGUACGCGGCUGCUCUGCUUUUAUGGCCUGAUUCGGUGGUGUUUACUUGGCUUCAAUGGCGCGUCCCACCGUUUAUGGCUCUAACUAAAU